AUGCAGCGGAUUGUCUGGCGUGACGAGCAGGGCAAGCCAGCCAUUUACCGGUUGCUCACUGUAACUUACGGCUUAAAUUGCUCGCCCUAUCUCACCAUUAAGGUUCUGCACACGCUUGCUACGGAUGAAGAACACGAUUUUCCGGCAGCAUCAAAAAUAUUAACGGAGUCGUUUUACAUGGAUGAUUGCCUGCAUGGUGCCGCAACCGUGGAAGACGCUCUGAAUAUUCAACGCCAGCUACAACAGCUUUUGCAGCGCGGCGGAUUCAACCUUCGGAAGUGGAUGUCCAACUCUACUGAGUUUAUGCGCCAUCUGUACACUGAAGACGAAAACCUUGGGCUGUCCCGCAACUUAAAUCUUGAUAGCGAAACAAACGCUCUAGGAAUUUAUUGGCUGUGCGACACUGACGGCAUCGGUUACAAGACAAACGUAACACCUGUCAUUGGAGACAUCACAAAGAGGCAGCAAUUGUCCGAUGUGGCCAAAAUCUAUGACCCGCCGGGUCUACUAGCACCUGUCGUAGUUAAAGGUAAAGCUAUUUGUCAGCAGCUGUGGUUAUCGGGUGUCGAUUGGGACGAUCCCAUUCCUGACCCAUUUCAACAAGAAUGGCGACGCUUUAGAGACGAAAUGCCUCAAAUCAGAGAACUCAAAGUGCCCAGGUGGGUUGGAGCUGAGCCCAGUGUAUCCAGUUACCAACUGCAUGUAUUUUCUGAUGCCUCUACUGUGGCAUAUGCUGCUGUCGCGUACCUUCGUGUGGAAACUUCAGGUAAUGAUGUAAAAAUACCAAUUCUAACCGCUAAGACUAAGGUGGCACCACUGAAGAAGAUAACCAUCCCGAGUUUGGAGCUAAAUGCUGCUCUACUCGCAGCGAAAGUAGCCGCUAAAGUGCUGUCAACACUGCAACUACCAGCGAUUCGACUUUACUGUUGGUCGGAUUCCAAAACCACGCUCAGCUGGAUUCGAUCAAAUCCUGGUAAACACAAGCAAUACAUCAGCAAUCGUCUAACUCAAAUCCAAGAGUUAACACCAAUCAGCGCUUGGAAGUAUGUACCUACUACAACGAACCCAGCCGACAUUGCAUCCCGGGGUAUCUUCCCGUCUCAGCUCGCAGGGUUGUCGCUGUGGUGGCGGCGACCUCCGUGGCUAAAUCGUCACUCAAGCACCUGGCCUGAACAACACAAUGGUUCGACAGAUCCAGACGAAGAAUUAGUUCUCUCCCUAGUGACGAUUCCGGAAGAGUCCAAACCAACCAUACUCACGACAUUGCUUCAAAAAUACUCGAAUCUCAACAAGCUAUUGGCAGUCACAUCUUGA